AAAAGAUUCCAACCUUGUAUUAUUCAUCUGUGAGAAUGAUUUCAUUCAGUUUUGUCCCAAAGAGUCUGAAAUAGCAGAGCAUUGUGGUGAGUUUUUGAAGUGAAAAAGGGGUCAGGAUCGUUUGAAUUUGAGUUUUUGAUCUGGUCUGGUUGCAGGUUUUAGGAUGAUUUAGGAAAAACAAAAUAAAGGGACAUUAAGGAAAAGAAAAAAGGAGCAUUGGGAGGUGGGGGGAAAUAAAGGAUUGUUUAAAAUGGAUCAUUAAACUAAAGGAGCAAUGGGGGGAAAAAAAGAAAGGAUUGUUUAAAAUGGAUCUUUAUAAAAGGAGCAUUGAAAAAAGGAUCUUUAUAAAGGGAAGAUUGAAAACAGGACCAUUUCAAAUGGAUCAUUAUGAAAGGAGGGUUGAAAAAAGGAUCAUUUGAAAUGGAUCUUUAUAAAAGGAGCAUUGGGAAAAGGAUCAUUUAAAAUGGGUCUUUAUGAAAGGAGCAUUGGGAAAAGGAUCAUUUAAGAUGGAUCUUUAUGAAAGGAGCAUUGGGAAAAGGAUCAUUUAAGAUGGAUCUUUAUGAAAGGAGCAUUGGGGGGAAAAGGAGCAAUGGAAAAAUGAAGGAUCAUUUAAAAAUGGAUCUUUAUAAAAGGAGCAUUGGGAAAAGGAGCAUUGAAAAAAGGAUCUUUAUAAAAGGAGGCUUGAAAAAAGGAGCAUUUGAAAUGGAUCUUUAUAAAAGGAGCAUUGGGAAAAGGAUCAUUUGAAAUGGAUCUUUAUAAAAGGAGCAUUGGGAUCAUUUAAAAUGGAUCAUUAUAAGAGGAGGGUUGAAAAAAGGAUCAUUUAAAAUGGAUCUUUAUAAAAAGAGCAUUGGGAAAAGGACCAUUUAAAAUGGAUCAUUAUGAAAGGAGCACUGGGAAAAGGAUCAUUUGAAACAGAUCAUUAAAAAAGAAGCAUUGGGAAAAGGAUCAUUUAAAAUGGAUCAUUAUGAAAGGAGCACUGGGAAAAGGAUCAUUUGAAACAGAUCAUUAAAAAAGAAGCAUUGGGAAAAGGAUCAUUUAAAAUGGACCUUUGUAAAAGGAGCAUUGGGGGGAAAAUGAGCAGUGGAAAAAAAUAAAGGAUCAUUUAAAAUGGAUCUUUGUAGCAGGAGCAUAGGGAAAAGGAUCAUUUAAAAUGGAUCAUUAAAAAAGGAGCAGUGGGAAAAUACAGGAUCAGUGAAAAAGGAUUAUUGAGAAAGUAAAGAAUUAAGUGAAAAUCUAAGAGCAAAAUAGAAUCUUUAAUGGAAUAAAACUGGAAGUGUCUGACUUCACAUCCAAAAAAAUAAACCCCCCCAAAACCCCAGGCCAAAUUUCUUGUGGCUAAAUAAAAUCAGUUCCAGCUCUGCUUGGCACCAGACUGUCACCAGCUGUUAAACUGGGCCUAAGCCAUCUGGGAUCGAUGGAUAAGGAUGGAUUUAUGGAUUAGGGAACCAGCAGAUGAUGGCAAACUUGGGGAAAAGAAGAACUAAAUGCCUAAAAAUCCAAGGGGAUCAGAAUCCCUGGGCUUGUGCAGCCAUGCCACUUGCAAAGUGAGCCCUCUGAGCUUGCUGUACCCUCAAUCCACUGCCUUCCUGCUGCUAACUCUCCCACCUCUUGUGUCCCAGCAGGGAUCAGAGUUGGUCUGGAUACAGAUCUCAUAGCUUCAUAGAAUGGUGUGGGCUGGAAGGGACCUUGAAGAUCACCUAGUUCCAACCCCCUGCCACAGGCAGAGACAUCUCCCACUAGCCCAUGUUGCUCAUGGCCUCAUCCAACCUGGCCUUGAACACCACCAGGGAGGGGCCAUCCACAGCCUCCCUGGGCAGCCUGCUCCUGUCUCACCCCCAUACUGUGCACGCUGUGUGUCUAGAGAUGUUCCUCCUGUGUGCAUGUACCUGUGUGCAGGUCCCACAUCACUCCUGCUCUAAAGCAGCAGCCUUGAAGGGCAUAGUCCCCAAAAUGUGAUGUAGAACUGCUCCUUUAUUUUCUGCCAGUUCCCUCAAAAUCAGAGACUUUGCCUGCAGCUUUAUGUGGCUGACAGCCCCAAAAUUCUCCUCCUUUUCCUCCUCUUCUGCUGACUUUUGUUAUCCACUCACCUUUGGUGUGUGUAGAAACACAUCUAUGUGUAGAAACACAUCUAUGUAGCCACAUAUUUGUGCUUUUACAACCACAAAUAUGUUGGUUUGGGUUUUCUUUUGGGGGGGGAGUUGUUUUUUUUUUACUGUACAGGUAAUAAAGAUGGGGGGGGGGGAGGGGAAGGAAGGUUUUUGUGUUUUCUUACUAGGUGAAGAAUCUUGAAGACCAGAAAUUGCAACUUACUGAAUUUUAAGUUUAAAAUAAGAAAAUAAAAAGGCCCAAACCCCUCCCAAAAACCAAAUCAAAGUUCACUUAAAAAUUGCCUGGCUGUGGAAGAUGGAGCCUCAAUUUUGCAGCCACUUUGAAUCCUGAAUUCAUCUUUAAGAGGCCCUGGGUCUAUUUUUUAAUUUUUUUUUUUUGGCUUUUUUUUUUGGCUUUUUUUUUCAUUUUCAAUUUUUUUUUUUUUUUUAUCCUCUUUUUGUGGUUUUUGAAGAGCUUAAAACAAACCAACCAAAACCUAACCCUGGCUGUUUCCAGUCUUGACAGCGUUCACAUGGACUUGCUUCCUCCAUUAGUUGUAAGAUGUUUUAAAAGCAAACCAAACAAGCAAACAAAAAUUGCACCUCCUCUGGUUGAAGUGGUGGAUGAGAGAGAGGUUCCCUUGGCAAUGGCAGGAGGCAAAAAAAAAACCAAACCAAACCCAAAACCAAAUCAAACAAAUUCUUUCUACCCCUUUAUUAUUAAUUCACGGAUUCAGUCUUGGUUCGGCCUACAGGAGAAGUUUUACCUGGAAGUCUUUGAAGAUCAGUAAAGUUGCUGAAGUUGGCCAGGGUUACUUGUAAAAAGAAGAUUUCACUGCUCAAGCCAGAAGAAGAUUUCAGUCCAAGGAAGAGUGAAGCCAACUCUUGCCAAAACUGGAGGAAGUCGCUGUUGAGUCAACCUUUAGAACCAGAGUUUGUUCCAGCCAUUUGUCCACUAUGUCCAACCAAGGAGAUGAUUGCUACUUCUAUUUCUAUUCCACAUGCAACAAGGGAGACAGCUGCUCCUUCCGCCACUGCGAAGCUGCUCUGGGAAACGAAACUGUCUGCACCCUGUGGCAGGAAGGUCGCUGCUUCAGGAAUAUCUGCAGGUUCAGACACAUGGAAAUAGAUAAGAAGCGCAGUGAGAUUCCUUGCUACUGGGAGAACCAACCAGUGGGCUGCCAGAAAUCCAACUGUGCUUUCCAUCACACAAAAGGACGUUAUGUGGAUGGGCUCUUCCUACCACCAAGCAAAACCACGCUUCCAAGUCCCCCUGAGUCUGCAGAAGAUGAUGUGAAGAUGGCUCAGAUGUCACUGCAGCAAAACAAACUUUCUGUCCAGUCCAAUCCCUCUCCACAGCUGAGGGGGGUGAUGAAAGUGGAAAACUCUGAGAAUGUCCCAAGUCCUACCCAUCCUCCUGUUGUAAUCAAUGCUGCAGAUGAUGAUGAAGAUGAUGAUGACCAGCUUUCUGAAGAGGGAGAAGAAACUAAAGCACCUGUCCAGCAACCAUCCCCAGAGGCCCAUAAUGGAUUGAGGAUCAUUUCCACUAGGAAAUCCAACUCCAAUGCUAAGCAAGAUGACAGUUUAAAUUUUGGCAUCAAAACACUUGAAGAGAUCAAACUGAAGAAACUGAAGGAAAAAACAAAAAAACAAGGUGAAGGUCCUUCAGGAGUUUCAGUUCAUCCACUCCAAUCCCGGACUAUUCCUGUGCCAGAAAAGGAGAAUGUGAGGACAGUUGUGAGGACAGUGACUCUGUCCCAAAAACAAGGGGAGGAGCCAGUGAUUAGGCUGAAUCUUGCUGAGAGGCUGGGAAAACGAAAAGCCUCCCCAGCUGGGAAAAAUGUCCUUCCUCUGAAGCGCAACCUCGCCGAGAGGCUGGGGAAGAAGAUUGAGACCUUGGAGAAUGCAGACAAAGCACCCAAGAGAGUUCAAGUCCCCAAGUCUCUGAAGGAGAGGCUGGGAUUGUCCUCUGAACAGCCCAGUGCAGAGCCAGAGAAGGCUGCCAAGGCAACAGGAGAAAUCCAUGUGAAAACCUUGGAAGAAAUUCGUCUUGAAAGAGCUACUCAGAGACGAGGAGAGCCCCAAACCAGAGCCCAGGCUGAAGGACGCUGCAAAGCAGAAGAUCCCAGCUCAGGGCCAAGACCUUCCCCUGCAGUUCGUAUCAAAACCUUCUCAGGAGCCCUGGUUGAGAAGAAUGACAAACAGCUGGAGGAGGAGAAACCAAAACCAGAAGAGUUUCCCAUCAAGACAAAAGCUGAGAGUGAGCCCAGGAAGUUGAGUGUCCUUUCUCCAACCGUGCCCAGCAAAGUGCAGCUGACAGAGGCAGGGAAUAAAGCCAAGGCUGCAGGAGAAGUGAGAAUUAAAACCUUGGAAGAAAUCAAGAAGGAGAAAGCUCUGCGGAUGCAGCAGAGUGGGGAGAACCUGCCAGCAGCCCCAGCACAGCCUGAGCCUGCCCCAGCUGGGAGGAGGUUGUUACGGGUCACAAAGCUCAUGGCACCUGGGAGAGAAGAAAAGAAGGUUGUGGAAUUGAGCAAGACUUCUCCCAAAGCUGUCUCUGCUCCUGCAGAGUCCUCUGGUCAGAGCACAACAAACUCCAAAGUUCAAGUGAAGAGCCUGGAAGAGAUAAUGAGGGGCAAGAGGCAACUGAAACAACACCAAGAGGAGAAGCUUCAGAAGGAGGCAGCUGCUGUGCCAUCAUCUCCUGCUGAAAAAGCAACCAAGGAGAAAGCUCCAGCAGCAGGGAGUCCUGAAUCCAACCUGGUUUCAGGGGCAGCUCAUCAGCUUGGCAAGAGGAUAACAGGGAAAGCUCUGGAAGAAGAGGGGGCUGAAAGCCCAGGAAAAGAUGCUGCUGUGUCCCCAGGGAAGCAGGCAGCUCAGCUUCCUGAGCACAGAGCUAAAACCAAACCCAAGGUGUGCCUGAAGCCCCUGGAGGGCAAAGGCAGCUCCCCCACGAAGCAGACGCUGAAACGCAAGGCAGCUGAGAGCCAUCCCUCUGCCGUGGCAGCUGUGAAACCCUUGAAUGCCACUGGUGGGGACACCAAGGAGCCCUCAGCUAAGAAAGCAGCUGUGGCCAUUGUUCCUGCUUUGCCAGAGGACAGCCUGGUCUCCAUACCUGUGAGAGAAAAACCCAAACCCAGUCCUGAAGUGCACAUUGGAAGCCAGGCAGACUCCAUGGCACAGUCAGAGGUCUCCAGCUCAACCUCAGCUUCUCCCCAAGUACCAGCAAAGACUCGGCGGAUGAGCUCCACAGGGGCUGGGAAAGCUCCUUUGUCAGUAGAGGAUGACUUUGAGAAGCUCAUUUGGGAAAUCUCAGGAGGCAAACUGGAAGCAGAAAUUGACCUGGACCCAAGCAAGGACGAGGAUGACCUGCUUUUGGAACUCUCUGAGAUGAUUGACAGCUGAACUGCAGAGUCCUGGGGAUAAAACAAAAAGCAUAGGGGGGAAAAAAAAAACCCACAACAACCAAACUCAAAACUCUCUUUUGUUGGACACCUCAGAGGUGAAAGGGUUAAAGGGUUUGCUUGGUUGGACACCCAGAGGUGAAGUUGAUCCUCUUUCUAUCUGAGGUUUUGCAAGGAGUCUUUAAAGCACAGCUGAACUUGGCAACCUCUGCACUCUGUUGUCCUACAUUUCCCUGCUGGUCAGAGUUGAGGUCUUCUGCAUCCUUCUGUAACUGUUGGCAUGAAGAGGAUGAAGGAGGACAAAGCACUUCUGUAUUUUGGGACAGAGAGAUGCCAACCUCCAAACUGUGGUGGUUGGGAACUCCUCUACUGAUUGAGCCAUGCCCUGAAGGUUUCAACUUCUAAGUUUCAUCCCCUCACCCCUGGGCAAAACUCAACGUUGGGCACGUUUCAAAGCUUUGAUGUUCUUCAUUUCUUGGACAGUUGCUGUCUAAAGCCUGGAGUUACUAUGUCAACUCUUGAGUUUUAUUUAUGUCUGCUCUCCUUUUGGACUUUCACCUUUUUUGGGGGGUAACUUAAUGAGAAUAUUGGGGGUGGGAGGGAGGAGGAGGAGAAUUAAUCUUUUGGACCAAACAUGCUGCCAGGGGUGGGUGGUUGGGGUCGAGUCCAUCCAGCCUUACUUUGACUUAUCAGGGAUGACACAACAUGGGGGUGAGAAGCAGCAGCUCUGAGCACAGCCAGCAUCUGCCCCUCACCUUUUGUUGUGCUGUACCAAAACCUGGCUGGGAGUGUGGGGAGAGGGUUUGGUGCUUCUUGCCCACGUGAAUCUGAAUCUAGGGAGGGUGCUCAGGAUUCCUCUCCCAGUCUGCAGUCAGUUGGUAAAUGAAGAACUGGUUUAAGUGCCUCCUGCUUCCACUCAGCUGCUGGCUCCUCUAGGGCCUUGUGUUCACCAUCAACUUCGUCCCACCAACUUUGUGGCACUGUCAGUGACCCCCACCCGAGACACCAGGAGCAUGUUCCCAGGCUGAUGAUCUUGGAACCUGCUCCUGCUGCAGGCCCAACCAUGCUCCCUUGCUUGGGCAUCCUCCCUUAAGCCCUCACUUUGUAGAGAAGUCUGUGCUGGAGGCAGGACUGGAGUUGCUGGUUUGCCUGGGGUGUCCCUGGGCAGGCUGUGACACCCCCACCCCCCAGAAGCCAGCUGAGCCUGGAGUGUGUUGUGUUCCUUGCCUCUCCCUAGCAGAUUUUGCUUUCUUCCAUUUCUUCAGUCUCUCCCUGCUCUGAUUCUUGAAGCCCUCAGGCACUCACUGCUGGCAGAGGGGAAAAAAGAGUUUGGGUUGGAGUUGGCUGUAAAUAGUUCUUUUUUUGGUCUCUUGGGAAGCAAAACACCUUUUGUGCUUUGAUUAAAUCCACUGUCAGGUCUUAGUUCUUAGAGCAAAGGUUUGAAACCAAAAGGUAGAAACCUGCAGUUGUGGCUCCAAAAAAAUAUUCCUCUUCCCCCCCCCUACCCUUUCCCCUGCCACUUCUGCCAGCAGCUGGGAGAGAGAAAGAGCAGAGCAGAGCCUGCUGAGGAAGGCUUUCCCCAUGCUGCUUCCCACCUCCUGCUCUGCCAGCCCCUGGCCCAGGCUCUGGGCUGUGGUUCUGUGUCCUGGUUCCUGUAAAUAUUUUAUUCUUCCAUUUUAUAUUUGUAUUAUUUAAGGGAUUGUAUCCAACCUAGUCUGGCCUCUGCCCUCGCCUGUGCCCUGCAACAGCCUCAACCCUGGUUUUAAAUAAAGCUGGCACAGGAGGGGA